GUCGCAGCUCCACAAGCUCCGGCUCCAUUGACGCUUCAGAGCUUCUCCACUCACGUCAUCGGCACGCGCCGGUUUCUGUUCCGACCUCAACGCUUUGGCACCAGCGACAGCUGUCCCCCACGAAGCUGCAUUGCAAGCUUGCACAACGCCUUUCGGGCGAAACUUGGAACCACAUCCACGCGCCGACGUAAUCGCUCGCGCCCACACCUAUCUCAGCCGCUGCACCCGCCCACCCGCCCCGCAAUCAAUGCCGCCGAAACGCAAGAGGACCAACACCGUCUCCUCCGUUAAGAACGCAGCCAUGGACGUCGCACAGCCAUCGUCACGCGACGCCUCCGACGAGGGCGCCGAAGACUCUGUCCUCCAGCAGGUCACCUCCAAGAAGGAGCGACAGGCCGAUUCACAUGUCUCCGCGAAGCGAACGCGUACCGAAAAGAAUGCCGACGGCGAGAACGGAGACGUUGACGGCCAGCCGGACCGCGCAAGCAAGAAAAGCAAGACGAGCAACUCUGGGGAUGAGGGUGACCACGGCGUGAACGGCGAGGCUGGCACCAUGCGGAUGGCACCUCCGCCAAAGGCCGGUCUGGUGGAUCCAGUCGGCUACAAAACGAACCCGCCGCCGGAAGGGCGCCCCGUCAGAGUGUAUGCAGAUGGUGUGUUCGAUCUCUUCCAUCUGGGCCAUGCGCGCGCGCUUCAGCAAGCCAAGACGGCGUUCCCCGAGACACAUCUCAUUGUGGGCGUUACUGGCAACGAGGAGACACACCGCAGGAAGGGACUUACUGUGCUUUCGGCUGCAGAACGCGCCGAGAGUGUGCGCCACUGCAAGUGGGUAGACGAAGUCAUCGAGGACUGCCCCUGGAUCGUGACUGCAGAGUUCCUCGAGCAGCAUGGAAUCGACUACGUCGCUCACGACGAUCUCCCUUACGGCGCAGACGAGGGAGACGACAUUUACAAGCCCAUCAAAGAGAAGGGGAUGUUCCUGGUAACCCAGCGAACCGAGGGUCUGAGCACCACUGGCAUCAUCACAAAGAUUGUUCGCGAUUAUGACCAGUACAUCGACCGCCAGCUCAAGCGCGGUACUUCGCGUAAAGAGCUCAAUGUCUCGUGGUUGAAGAAGAACGAGCUUGAAUUCAAGCGCAACAUGGUCGAACUGCGCGACAGCAUCAAGAACAACUGGGCUACAACCGGCCAGGAGCUUACCAAAGACUUCCGCCAAUUCUGGCAAUCUAGCAGGCCUGCGAGUCCUGCCAGGACUCCCACCCGUGAGCGCACCGAGCGCGAGCUGGCAGCAAGCGCGACUUCUCCAUCCGCCUUGUCGCAUCUCAGCCAUCUGGAGAUUCCUGGCCGCGCAUCCGAGCGAGGCUCAUCAGAAUUCGCUGCAGGGUACAAUCUUGGCUUGAUCGGUGGUGUGAGGUCUUGGGUAAGUACUUCACUUUAUGUCGUCAGACGGGGGCUGAUAUAUGACAGAUGGCACGCAGUCGCCGCAACCUCAACGACAGCCGCCCACCGAGCCCUUCGGAUGAAGACAGCCCAGACGAGCAUGAAGCAAGCACGAAGGAAACGCCACGUGGUCGGGCUGGCAAACAAUCUUCAGAAAUGGACGCGCGGUUGUAAUAAGUGAUGUUCCAUCCUAAACUUCCCCGACGUAUAAAAGUCAUGUCGUC